AUGUCAAUGCAAACUAAAGGCCAUCCAACUGAAUAUCUUCCACUUAAGGAGAUCAUCAGACCGAUUCCUCCAACCUUGGAUUAUUGCAAGAUUGAUGCAAUGGUGUCAACUUUGAACGGAGUUCCGAAGGCUUCCAAAACUGCCAAAAUAGAGGACAUAGUACCAGGUGAACUUCCACCAAUUGAUGUGCUUAGUGUGAAAGAUAAGGGAAAAAUGAAAUACUUUGCAUUCGGUGGAUGCCAUAGAUUCCAGGCUUAUGAGAAGAGCAAAACUGAGCAGGUGAGGUGUAGGAUAAUAUCAUGUCCAAAAUCGACGCUUCGGAUGUACUUAGGCGGGUCGAUAUUCUACUAUUUCGAUGAUCUGGAAGAAUAA